AUGUGGCAGCCUAACCCCUCAUCAAUCCAGGUCAGCAUCGACUCUGCGUUGUCGAUUGCGAUUUUCAGAACAAAGUCCGCUAUGCCUAUCUGAGGCUGUCUGGUCAAGCAACUUCUCAAGCGCCUUUUUUUUUUUUUUUCAUCUUUACACUGGACCUGGGGACAUGUCUGGCGCCGAGAUCAUCGGCCUCAUCUCUGGCAUCAUCGCUAUUGUCGAUGCGACUGUGAAGGUUUACGCCGCCGCCAACAAUGCCUCGGGCCUCCCACAAGCCUUUCGCGAUGUUGCUACACGGCUCCCUUUUGUCCACGAAACCCUCCAAACCGUCUCAAGACAGCUGAACACCACCAACCCCGAUGAGAACUCCUGCAAAGCAAUAAGCCCUAUCUUACAACGCUGUGAGAACAGGGUUAUGCAACUAGAGAAAAUAUUUAGGGAUGUUAUCCCGCAGGCUGAUGCCUCGAGAAUGGAGCGAUACCUGGUUGCCGCCCGCACCUUAGGCAAAGAAGGCACAGUGGAAUCGCUUAUG